AUGAGAUAUAAAAAUCAUACUUAUCAUAUUUUAGAUAACAGUCCAUGGCCUAUUUUCAUGGCUUUUUCAUUAAUGUUGAGCAUGAAAUCUGCUGUUCUGUUUAUGCAUGGAUUCAAUGGUGGAUCUAGCACAUUAUUAAUAGGGUUUUUAUUAGUAUUGUUAACAUUUUUUUGUUGGUUUGUAGAUGUUUCAAAAGAAAGUACAUUAUCUGGGUGUCAUACAUACUUAGUACAAAGAGGAUUAAAAAUUGGGUUUAUUUUAUUUAUAGUAUCUGAACUAAUGUUUUUCGUAGCUUUAUUUUGGGCGUUUUUUCAUUCAAGCUUAGCUCCUUCAGUAGAUUUAGGUGUGGUUUGGCCUCCAAAAGGAAUUCAAGCAUUGAACCCUUUAAGUGUUCCAUUAUUAAACACGAUAGUACUAGUAGCAUCUGGAGUUGUAUUAACAUGGGGACAUCACGCUAUUAUUACAGCAAAUAAACCUCAUACAACUGUGUCUUUAUUAAUAACUAUCAUCUUAGCAAUGUCAUUCACAGGUCUUCAAUUCUUAGAAUACAUAGACUCUACAUUCAGCAUAGCUGACUCUGUAUAUGGAUCUACAUUCUUUAUGUGUACAGGAUUUCAUGGGAUACAUAUAAUAAUAGGAACAAUCUAUUUAAUAACAUGCCUAUACAGAACUGUAUACGGAUUAAACACAAACUCAAGCCAUGUAGGAUUCGACACUUGUGCAUGGUACUACCACUUCGUGGAUAUAGUAUGGAUAUUCAUGUUUAUAAGCGUAUACUACUGGCCAUACAGCCCAACACUAAACUAA